AUGUACGCAAAAACCAACGGCGGUGAUGCCAAGGAAGAAGAACAUGAUGACGAUGGUUUACUUGUCGAUUGGGGGGAAUGUGGAUUGCCGUGUGGGGUUGAGAAGCUCUCCAAGGAUCAACGCCUUCGCCUCCGACAACACGAGAUCUUCAUGACUCGACAAUCCGAAGUACUGCCAGCAACGCUGAUUCGUGGAAAGUGUCGGGUGGUGCUGUUGGAUGACUGCCAGGAGGCAGGAAACUAUAUUGGACAGGACGACACUUUUUUCCACUCUCUGGUUUAUGACCCAAAUGCAGGAACUCUAUUGGCUGAUAAAGGAGCUAUCCGCGUCGGAGAAAAGUACCAAGCUCUGGUCGACGAUUGGAUGGAACCCAAAAUCAAAUAG